GGCGGCGGCAGAAGCAGCGGUGGCGGGAGUCCAGGAGGCGGCUCCGGAGGCUGCUUAGGAACCGGGGACCCCGGGAGUGCCCGCGCCCUGAGCUCUCAGCUCCGGAGGCGUCAUGGCAGAGUACGGGACUCUCCUCCAGGAUCUAACCAAUGACAUCACCCUUGAAGAUCUGGAACAGCUAAAGUCAGCCUGCAAGGAGGACACCCCCAGUGAGAAGAGUGAAGAGAUCACUACAGGCAGUGCCUGGUUCAGCUUCCUGGAGAGCCACAAUAAGCUGGACAAAGACAACCUUUCCUACAUUGAACACAUCUUCGAGAUCUCCCGCCGUCCUGAUCUACUCACUAUGGUGGUUGACUAUAGAACCCGAGUGCUGAAGAUCUCUGAGGAGGAUGAGCUGGACACCAAGCUAACCCGUAUCCCCAGUGCCAAGAAGUACAAAGACAUUAUCCGGCAGCCCUCUGAGGAAGAGAUCAUCAAAUUGGCUCCCCCACCGAAGAAGGCCUGAGCAAGGGGGAGGAAGAGGAGGAAGGUUGCACCUUCAUCGGACCACUCCCUUCCCCAUCCUCUAUGGGAAGGGGCAAGGACAUCUCCCUGCCCCAUACCCAUGUACUAACCUGGUCCUAACCCCCUUACUAUGCGCAUGUGUGUGCGUGUGCGCACGCUCUGGCUGUCUGUCUAUAUGUCUAGCUCAUCUAGUUCCUCUUCCUCAUGAGGGGAUGGGAGUCAGGGGAUGAAGGUGGUUUAGUUUCCCCACUCUUAGGAGAAGGUGGGGGCUAUUUUCUACAUGAACAGAAAUUGGCACAUUCCUCCUCUUUCCUCCACUCUCCUCCCAUAUAUUUGAAGUGUGAAAGCAGAAUCUUACCUUGAGGAGCUAAGGUGAAGAUGAGGUAUGGGAGAGAUGGUUAGAUUUAAGGAAAAGCAGUGGAGAAGGUAAAGAGGCCACUCAACCCCCACAGGAAGGGGCAGAGAAAAGCCAGGGCUCAGUGUUUAUACUCUUAGGCUGUACUGGCUAGAAUCUUCUUUCUUGCUAUUCUUCAGGCUGGAAGGUCAGAGUGUCAGUGGUCCCUUCUAAUGGGCCUAGGAGGAGUGUGUCACGGAUCUAAUGAGAAGACCAGAUCCUUUCCUGGUCCCAAAGAUCAAGCCCAUAGAGAAGCCAGCAUUUAGUGCCCCUCACUUCCACAUUGCAGACUAUGCAGGGAACAUGCACCACUGAGCCUGAGAUGGGACUACAGGCAGAGAUGGGUCCUUUUCCAUUCUUUUAUUCCUGUCUACAGACUGUUGCAUAUACUGAUGUUGAACCAAGGGAGGUUGGGAAAUGAGAUCCUUAGGUUUUAACUGCAACUUGACCAUACCUAUAGGAUCCCAAUGUGGAUACCGCAGGCCGCCUUCCCUAUCUCGGGUUUAGAACAUCCCAAGCCAGAAAGAAGUUUUUUUUGUUUGUUUCUUUUGCACUGACUCCCACCCCAAUUCGAUCCAGGAAGGGACUUGGUCAUCUUUUUCAACAUGGGCUUGUGGCUGCCUCCUAGUCAGAUCACUAGAGUACAGUGAGUAACCCUAGCCUCCUCCUGUCCCAAGACUGACCUGCCCUUCCCUACCUUGACCGUGCUAACUGUGUGUACAUAUAUAUUCUACAUAUAUGUAUAUUAAACCCGCACUGCCAUGUCUGCCCUUUUUUUGUGCUGUCUAGCAUUAACUUAUUGUCUAGGCCAGAGUGGGGGGUGAGCGGGGAAUGCCACAGUAAAGGGUGUGGCACAGUCAAAUUACUACACAGUCUAAACAGAAAAGAAAGCUUUA